CUCUCUCUCUCUCUCUUUCUCUAUUCUUUCUCUAACUUUCUAUAUAUCUUCUUCUUUCUCUUCUCUCUCUAUUCGUAUGUACCUUCCUAGACCGCACCGCAGUUCUCUGCUCUUAACCCCUGCAACUAGGGGUUCGUAGGAUUAAUGUUUCAAACCAUUCGAGAAACCUUUAUAAGAUGAUAAUCUACUGCAAAAUCUGUUAGGGUUUCAAGAAUGUUGGAAUCGGCACCGGCCUCCUUUGGCUGUUUGGCCAUUUGUAGUCACAGUUAUGAGGGGUAUGCGGCAGCAUGUCAGUUUAGCUCUUUGAGGACCUCUUCUCUGGCUUGCUCUGGUUCCUCUUGUUGUUUUUCUCUUUUUUGCUCUUCCCAUUCCCAAAUGUUAAAGUUAGAAUUAUGCUCCAUCAGUCUCAGAGCGAGUCGUUCCUCAUCCAUGUCAAGGAGGGUUUCUUGUUUGAGAAUGCCAUUAGCUACUUCAAUGUUGUGGAGCAAAGAUUUUCGUGCUUGUGGGAACAAAAUGGCACACUUUGGGAGAUUCCGUGCACAUGCUCAAAUUGAAUUUGCAAAUGCUGUCGAUGUCAUUAAUGAUCUAGGAUUUGAUACUUUGACCUUCUUAGCAGUGACUGUUAUGGUUGUUCCUGCUUUCAAGGUCAUCAGAGGUAGCCCUAUACUGGGAUUCUUUUUUGCUGGAGUUGUUCUAAACCAAUUUGGCUUGAUUAGAAACCUCACAGAUGUUAAAAUUUUGUCAGAAUGGGGUAUUCUUUUCUUGCUAUUUGAAAUGGGCUUGGAGCUUUCUCUGGCACGAUUAAAAGCUCUUGCGAAGUUUGCAUUUGGGAUGGGUUUAACUCAGGUUGUGCUGUCUACCCUUGCUUUUACAGCAUUCGAGCUUCCUCCUAAUGGAGCUAUGGGAACAAAAAUUUUGGAGUUCCUUUUCCACUCAAGACCUGAUUUGGUAAAUAUAAGAAGUACUGAUGAGGCAAUAGUUAUUGGGGCAGCUCUCUCCUUGUCAUCCUCAGCUUUUGUCCUACAGCUCCUUGCAGAGAAGGGUGAACUCCCCACAAGAUUUGGUUCAGCAACUCUGGGAAUUCUUCUGCUUCAGGACAUUGCUGUUGUCCCUCUCUUGGUCAUACUUCCUGUACUAGAGAGUCAGAACCUUGUAGAAGAAAGUGUCUGGCCAAUGCUGGCCACAGAAAGCCUGAAGGCUUUAGGUGGCCUAGGUUUACUUUCACUUGGGGGAAAGUUUCUUCUCCGACGAAUCUUUGAGGUUGUCGCAGAAUCAAGGAGCUCUGAAGCUUUUGUUGCUCUUUGUUUGUUAACAGUGGCAGGAACGUCAUUACUAACACAGACGUUGGGCUUCAGUGACACGCUUGGGGCAUUUCUUGCUGGAGCACUUUUAGCAGAAACAAACUUCCGGACACAGAUUGAAGCUGAUAUACGACCUUUCAGAGGCUUACUUCUUGGGUUAUUUUUUGUAGCUACAGGGACAUCCAUUGACAUGGAGCUUCUUUUCCGGGAGUGGCCAAAUGUCCUUUCCCUCUUAGGAGGUUUGAUUGCUAUCAAGACAUUGAUAAUAACUGCAAUAGGGCCCCGUGUUGGAUUGACUUUUCAAGAAAGUGUAAGAAUAGGAUUCUUGUUGUCCCAAGGAGGAGAGUUUGGGUUUGUAGUAUUUUCUCUUGCAAACAGGCUUGGUGUAUUACCACUUGAGUUGAACAAACUUCUUAUCAUUGUUGUCGUUUUGUCAAUGGCUUUAACUCCCUUUCUUAAUGAAGUUGGAAGGAAAGCUGCUGAAUUUAUUGAUGAGAAGCUCGAUGCAAAGGAGAAAAUCAGUGAGAUGGUUCAAUUUGAUGCAACUGAACCAGUUAUUAUACUUGGUUUUGGACCAAUGGGCCAGGUUCUUGCCAAUUUUUUGUCAACUCCAUUGGCUUCUGGAUUUGAUGUUGACUUUGAAGGAUGGCCUUAUGUGGCAUUUGAUCUUGACCCUAGGGUGGUAAAGGUUGCCAGGAGUCAAGGUUUUCCUAUCUUCUAUGGUGAUGGAUCUCGUCCAGCAGUUCUGCAGUCAGCUGGUAUUUCUUCACCAAAAGCUGUAAUUAUCAUGUAUGCAGGAAAAGAAAGCACAAUUGAAUCAGUUCGAAGGAUUCGACUUUCUUACCCCGCGAUCCCAAUAUAUGCUAGAGCUCAGGACCUUGGACAUCUUUUAGAACUGAAGAAAGCAGGUGCAACAGAUGUAAUUCUUGAGAAUGCAGAGACUAGUUUACAGCUUGGCUCCAAACUUCUAAGAGGGCUUGGAGUCAUGUCUGAUGAUGUGACCUUCUUGAGUCAGCUCGUGAGAGACUCCAUGGAGCUCCAAGCACAAGAGACGCUCUUGAGAAAUGAUGAGUACAGCAUGAUGAAGCCUUUGCAGGUGAGGGUAUCCGACGUGGCUGAUACUCGGAUACCCAAUACUGGCAAGUCACGAAGGUCUUCCCAGAACCUUAUUCAGCAAGAGACAUCUCAAGUUUUAACUUCUGACAUUCAAAUAAGGCCUGACCAGACAAGCAAUGAACCCUCAGUAUCAAAAUCAGAUGACAUAGAACUAGAGAAAGGGGUCAAAUGGUGUGAAUUGGAUAAUCAAAACAAUUUUCCCAAUGAAGUUGAAGAUGUUGACGGUGAGAAAGAUGAUCUGAAUCAAACUAUACCUUGUAUGACUUCACUUGAUGGUUCUUAGAUCACCCGUCUACUAUUUCAUUGGGAUCUAUUUUUUGACCUCCACGUGAAAUGCUCUACCUUUGCUGAUUGAGGGGUCUAUUCUUUCGUGUUUUGGAUGUCAAACCACGUAAAGGUAUGUUGCUUCAGUUGCCUUUUGUGGUUUGAGAGACUUCCUUCUAUUUUGUAUGAAUAUGUAAAUGUGUACAGUUGGACAUAGUGGUACACACUGAUUUUACUUGGUAACAAAAUGAGUUUGACCCAUUCAGAUA